CAAACAAAAACCAACUCGAAAAGGAUUGGAGUUUGCACAGACAUUAGAAUACAUGUGCUUUAAUUUCUUUUUUUAUUUUAUAUAAGGGUGAUAUAGGUUUCUUUUUUGUGAUUAAGGUACUACUUAAGGGAUUCGAACCUGGGACCUCCAGGUUCUAGGCUAGUAGUAUUACCACUAGACCAAGCCCUUGUUCGUCUAUGUGCUUUAAUUUCACUUGGGAUUUUCCAAUGCGGGUCCGCCUGUGAUACCAUGUUAUCAACCAACUGGUUCCAUCAACUCGAACCGUUGGGAUAUGUUCAGUUAUGUACCAUAUAAUACUUAUAUAAAAAUGUGUUCACUUGGGGUUCACUUAUGCUCGUUAUUGGGUUAUUUGCAAGAAAGUGAUUAAUAUUCAUACAUGGACCAUGUUUCAAUAACUCGAGUUACUAUAACUAAUUGGUUUGUAAUGUGGUAUCAGAGCUGGUUUACUUGUGAUUUCACGUGUUUUAAGUUAUCACAACACCCUCAAUAUCUACAGUUGUCUUUAAUUUCAUGGUAUGUCAAGUCGGUGCAAAUUUCAUCCUCAUAAAUUUACUUUCGUUUAAAAAGACGUAUACAAAAAUAAUUAAUAUCUUGAACCUCUCACGACAACUCGAAUUAUAAAGAUACAUUAUAAUUAUUUUUUAACAGAUUCUUUUUUUUUUUAUAGGAAACCUGGGUUUUUUUAACAGAUUCUUGGCUUGUUGGUUUGCUAGGAAUUUCUAUUUGCUCGAUUCAUUAUUUUUCGUUGUUUGUUACUUUGUUAUAAUUCUCCUGCCCCAUUAAAUCAAAAGAAAGGGCUUAAAAGCCCAGAAGGCUGUCAACGAAAAGCCUGUCCAAGUCGAAGAACGUGACCUGUCCAGCCAAGCUCCACGGAGCAGAUUAGUGGGCCAGUUAUUGGGCCAUCUAAUUAAUUCAUCUAGGCGCUAAGGCCCAAUCUUCCGGCCCGCAUUGGAAACCCCCAGCUGAAAUUCCUUUGUACUUCUCUUCUCCCUGAACACAUCGCAAGCUUUAGCUGCCUCCGCUUCAAUUUCCCGACCAGGGUCCGGCAAUCCCUCUCGGCCACCGGCGAUCAGCAUCCAUUCUUUUCUUCUUCCUCUAUUCCCAUAUGUAAACCUCUCCACCCUCAGCUUCAUCCACCCUUCUUCUCGUCUGAAAAAUCCCAAAAUAAAACCUCCGUUCCAGUCGCUGAUAUCUCUACCGCGACCCGCACCAUCUUCACCGAUCAAUUCGGCAUCAGUAUUUUGUUCGGGAAAAACCCCGCCGGCUUCCGGGUUCCACUUCACCGGAGUCUCAGUUUGAACAAAACCCAUAACCCCUAUAACCCUCCAAGCCGUUAACUUUAUAGUGAGGAGCUUCAUUGUCUAAUUUUGCAAUAGGGAGUUGAAGGAAAAGAGAAAAAAAGAAAUGGGUAGUGAAAUUGAAAGUGGUCUGGAAGAGAAAUUGACGUCUUUGCUGGAGCAGCUGCAGGCCGAAUGCGGGAUUUUUGAGAGGAUUGUUUACAAGAACAAGAACCAGCACAGGAGAUGCUCCUAUUUCCAGUACCUGCUCAAGGUGAGAAGGGAUUUGAGGCUGUUGCAAUCUGCUAAACUGGAAGAGAUCGUGGGUUCUUGCUUCCAAGUUAUCACAGGCAGGAAACCCAAGCAAAAGAUGUAUCUGCUAGAGAGCUUGAAGUGGAGGCAAACUGACUCUGGAGUACCCAAUUUUUUGGAGAGACUUCUGGGAGCUGCACGCAUACUGUCACAGAUGGUUGAGCCAAUUUUGAAGGCAGCAACGGAGGUAUCUAUUUUGCUUGCACGCUCUUUCUUCAUGGAGUUUUGUUUGGCAGUUUUGGCACUGCUUGCACGCCUUAGAGUUUUGGUUCAGCAGAUAUUGCUUGAUGUUGUUUCACUGUCCAACACGGUAUCUUCGAUUGCCCAGAAUAAGCAGUCUGUGAAAGUAAAUCAGAAAGGAAUAGAGGUCUUUCGAGAGUAUUAUCCGACGAACAAGGAAUUUACCACCCUAGAGUGUGUUUGGAAAGUCGAUAAAUUUGUGUUACUCGAAAGAGUACAGAAAACUGAGGUAAAAGAAGAUGAGGAGACCAUCAAAGAUGCCAACAACGAAAGAAAAGCUAUACGGUAUCGAAGUAUUAAGGCAUUUCUUAGAGAGAUUAAUGAUGAUGAUGAUGACGUUGAAAAGAUGGAAGUCGAGCACCCCGUCAAAGAAGACCCUUCUCUCGUGAAGAAAGACGAGGGCUUGACAGCUGGAUCCCCAAUUCCGAAAGAGAGUGAGCAUCAGGAGCAACGCGAUGGUAUUGAAAUGGAGGAUGACUUUCGAGCAAGUCCCGGAAAAGGAGGCGAUGUGAAUGCUACCUCAAGCUCUUCUCCGGCUGCAGAAACAUCUACAUCAAACUCCAGUAGUUCAAGACAAGUGGCAUUCGUUUCAGUGAAAAGACCUGCUGCACCUCCUACAUCUGCUGCUGGUGCAUUCAUAGCUGUUAAAAGGCCUGCAACAUCGACUUCGAACGUGACCACACCAACACAUUCAAGGGAUAGUGGAAAGGAAGCAGAUGGCAAGGAGGAUUCUCUUUUCAAUUUGCUUACUGAUGGUGCAAACCUCAAGAAUAGUCUCUUCUGAUCCCAAUGCCUUGGAUUAACAUAGUUCAUGUGUGCAGAGAGGAUUGUGAUGUAGGCAAGCAAAAUAGUUUGAAUGAUCUGUAACUUUGCUGGUUUCCGGUCCUCUCAAAUUCUUGAGAGAAAAUUCAGCUGUGAAUCUCAUAAGUGAGACUGACAGAAAGUGAAGUAAGGGACAACAAGUCGAGAUCAAGAAGCAAUUGGCCAUUUGGAUGAUCCUUGACACCAUGUCGUUUGACUCAGAUAUUUUGGAGCAAGUGAAGUGUAGUACAUUUUUGUAGAAGGAUCGGUUUUGGGUUGGUUUAGGCUCGGUUCGUUACAAUCGAGCUAGUGCUCAGUUAGUUUAUUAAUGUACCGAGUUGAUUCAAUCUAAGUUAGGGUUAUUUACUAAAAUCUUAACUCGUGGUACAUACAUUGAUUUUGUAUGUCAUGCAUGAUAUAUGUGAUUUGAUGUCAUAAUGAAAAAAAAAAAUACUAUUCAAAUUUUCAUCAUUAACUAAUCUCAUAUUAUACUAUUUUGAUUUUUGAUAUCAUAUUAUCUAGCUCAUAAAUUUUAAUAGCCAAAUCAUGUUUUGUAAUUGUUAAAUGCUACUUAAGGAAUUCGAAUCAGGGACAUCUAAGGUGAAUACCAGUUGUAAUACAACUAGACCAACACAUUGUUCGCCAAAAUCAUGUUAUUUCGUAGUAUCAAAGCAAUCUAUGAUACAUAUUUAUUUUUUGAAAUUUAAAAGAAAAUAGUUUGCUCACUUACUCAAUGUCUACAAUGUCAUACAGGGUGCGACAUAAUUCAGCAAUCGUAUGAAUUAUCAAAAUCCAACUCAUAAUAUAUAGAUCGAUUCGCUCAUAAGCCGAUAGUCGAGUUGACUCUAUAGCCACAAUUUUGAGACAUCCGAUGAGCUCUAAACGAAUUAGCUCACGAGUUAAUCUUAACAAGUCACCGAGUCGAGCUACCGCCUGAGCCUCGCAAAUUGAACAAGGAUUAAUUCAAGCUCAACACGUAACUAAAUAAGUCAAGUUCGAACGAGUUUUUCUCGAAUCGAGCAUCGAGUGGUUCACGCGAGCAGCUCGACUCGUUUGCCGUCUUACCUGUCGGGCCGUAUGAAGCUUGAGAAUGACUUGGGCUUAAUCAAAUAGAGCUCGUUAUAGAUCACAAAAGCACUAUGUAUCACAACUGGACCAGCUCAUGGCAAUCUCUAUGAAGCCCAUAAUCAUAAUCACAUCUAGGGCUGAAAAUUGGCCCGACCCACCCCUGACCCUGUACUGACCCUGUCUGACCCGCCCCUGAAGGGUCAAGAUGUAUAACUGACCCGCCCCGACCCUGUUUCUUUCAUGACCCUGUCUGACCCUUUAGGGUCGGGGCGGGUCAGUAAGGGUCGGGUCAGUGGGUCGACCCUAAUAAAUAGAGUACUUUUCU